AUGGCAGACAACAUGUCAACGGACUCGACACUCGUCGAUGAGGAUGACCUGUUUGAACAGGAAAGAAACAUUUUACGGUUCAUCGGCGCCGAGCCACUCGCGCCGAAUUCGAUAUUCAUCAUCCUUUUGGGAAAUACGGGCACGGGAAAGAGCAGAUUUGCCUCGAGCUGCUCCGGCAAGCCGCUGAAAAUCGGACAUGGCCUGAAAUCCUGCACAGAGGACAUCUCCAUCGUCUCCCUCAAGCUACACCAAUCCACCGUCUACCUCAUCGACACGCCGGGUUUUGACGACACGUCGCGGCCCGACAUCGCGACGCUGCGCACCAUCUCGACCUACCUCGCCCUCUCGCACGCCAACAGCGUCGCCCUCUCGGCCGUCCUCAUCCUGCACCGCAUCAGCGACACGCGCGUCUCCGGGUCGUCGGCGCGCAGCAUCGCGCUGCUCAAAGCCCUCUGCGGGCGCCGCGCCUACCCGGCCACGGCGCUCGUGACGACCAUGUGGUCGCGCCGCGGCGGCGGCGGCGUCGACCACGACCACGACCACGCGCAGCAGGUAGCAAGAGAAAAGGAGCUACACAGCGACGCCGCCUUCUUCGCGGACCUCGUCGCGGCUGGCGCGCAGACGUUCCGCCACGACGAGUUUAAUCCCGGCGGCGGGCCCGCGCGGCAGCAGCAGCAGGACGAUGAGGACGAGGACGAGGAGGAGCGCGACGCCGCCCGCGCCAUCCUGUCCAGCGUCGUCGAAAACGUUCGCAGGCGGCAGCAGCAGCAACAUCAGCAGCAGCCGCGCCUGAUCACGCUGGCCAUCCAGCGCGAGCUCGCGACGCCGACGCACCUGGCCACGUCGGUGCCGCUGCUCGCCACGGCCGCCGGCGCCGUGCUCGCCGCGCACCUGGACCGCGUCGAGGCGUCGCUGGCGCGCGAGCGCGCGUCGCUGGCGGAUGAUGAUGAUGAUGAUGAUGAUGCGGAGACGAUGAGGGCGCUAGUGGGCGACAAUCGCCAGCGCGUGUGGGCGUGCCGCGCGCAGAGAGAUGCGCUGCGUCGCGGAGUCAUGGAGCUCGACGACGCCGAGCGCGCGAGGCUGCUCGGGCGCGUCGACGACAUUGACGUGACGGCCGCGGCGGCGGCGGAUGCCCGGCUCGAGGCGCGGCUGGCGGCGUGCCGGAGGCGGAUCCGCGAUAUCGAGGAGGCUACUACUACCGCCACCGCCGCCGCCGCCAGUCCUGGAUGGCCCGGGGAGGGGAACGGUGGUGAUGGUGGCCGUGGUCGUGUGGGACGGACCGCCGUGGCUGGCGGCGUUAUGGUGGAUGAGAAUACUCAUCAAGUCUUCUUGCUGCACCAGAAGAUCCAGGAGCUCGAGCAGCAGAAGCGGCUCAAGAAGCAUUACCGCAGGAAAGCUAGGGACGCGGUGAUUUCGGGCAUGGCCAGUGGGACGGUGUCUGCGGCGGCUGGAGCAGGUGGGUCCGUGAUUUUGAAGAAGCUUCCGAUAGCUGCUGCAACCGGCCACGCGCCGGCGGCGGCUCCUCACGCGCGCUCAUGGAUCAUUGCCAUCCUCGCCCUCUUCCUCCUUUUGUCCCUCUACACCGACCUCCCUAUCCUCCUCGCCAUGAAGCUCCGCGACCUCACAUCUUCCGUGUUCUCCGCCGCUCUCUGCGCUGGCGUGACCACCGCACAAAACAACAGCAAUGCAACCCUCCUCCCCUUCAUCCUCCGCCCCCUCCCCCUCGGCUCGAUCAAGCCCACGGGCUGGCUCCGCUCCACCCUCGCCCUCUCCGCCGCCGGGCUGGCCGGCCACGAGCACGACUUCUACCCGUACGUCGCAUCGAGCAGCUGGACGGGCGGGUCCGCCGAGUACAGCGGGCUGAACGAAGGCUUCCCGUACUGGCUGAACGGGCUGGUACCGCUCGCCUACGCGCUCGACGACGCGCGACUAAAGGACCAAGUCAGCGACGCGGUGCAGGCCGUCCUCGCACGGCAAGCAUCCGACGGCUGGCUCGGGCCCGAGACAGGCGAUGCGCGGAACCUCUGGGCGCGGUACCCGUUGCUGCUCGGGCUGGUGCAGCUGGUGGAGGCGGAUCCGGGGGCGUGGGAGGCGCAGGUGCUGAAUGCGACGUGGCGGUUUGUCGGGUUGAUGGGGGAGAUGUUGAGGGAUGGGUCGCGGGGGUAUUUGUGGCGGGAGGGGGAGGAUGAAUUGACGGAGGAGGAGUUUACGUGGGGGCGGGUGAGGGUGCAGGAUUUGUUGAUCGUGUUGCAGUGGUUGUGGGAGAGGGAGAGCACGACGGAGGCGGGGAGGGAGGAGUUGGCGGGGUCGAUGCGCAUUUUGAUUGAUGGGUCGAUUAACUGGGCGGAUUGGUGGCAGGAGGGUGUUUUCAUUAAGGGGGAUCUGAAUUUCCUGGAUACAGAGCCCUCGAAUGGGCCGCGUUAUCCGUACGAGCAUGGCGUCAAUGCUGGGCAAGGUCUCAAAGCACUUGCAGUCUUUAGACGAUUUACGCAUAAUGACAGCCUUGUGGAAAUUACCCACCGAGGAGUAGAUUGGACUUUUAAGUAUCAUUCUGCUGCCCAUGGAGGACUUCUAGCAGAUGAGCGGCUUGCUGGAUUGGCGCCGUUCUAUGGCUCCGAGACCUGCACCCUGGUUGAGACCAUAUACUCCUUGAGCUAUCUAUACCAAACCCUAGGCACAAACGACUACGCCGAUCUUGCCGAGACAAUUGCCUUCAACGCCUUACCAGCCCAAAUGUCUCCCAACUGGUGGGGCCGCCAGUACGUAGGCCAGCCAAACCAGGGAUUCUCAACCGAACUAUCCCAGAACCCCUUCUACAACGUCCGCGAAUCGGGCAUCCUCUACAGCGUCGAAGCAAACUACCCCUGCUGCACCGUCAACCACCCACAAGGCCUACCCAAAUUCCUCUCCAACUCCUUCGCCCGCGUCGGCGACAACGAAAUCGCCCACAUGCUCCUCAGCCCAGCCAACCUCUCCACCACCAUCGCCAGCGGCAAAAUCACCAUCGCCUGCCAGACGCACUACCCCUUCUCCAACGUCCUCAAGUACACCGUCCAUUCCGACUCCGCCACCACCCUCCACCUCCGCGUCCCCGCCUGGUCCCCCGCCUCAUCCACCACCAUCACCGUCAACGGCUCGUCCGCCGCAAAGCCCGUCUCCCCCGACCCGGAUACUGGCCUCCACGCCGUCACCCUGCCCGCCGGCACGACCCACCUCACCUACACCCUCUCCCCAGCCCUGACGACGACCCCGCGCGCCAACGACACGUUCACCGUCCGCUACGGCGCGCUGCUCUUCGCCCUGAGCGUGCCGUCCACCAACAGCUCCGCGCACCCGCCGCAGUCCUACAACGAUCCCAACACCAAACUGGCCAACGCGCCGCCGCUCGCCGUCGACUGGCGCCUCGACAACGCGAGUGCGUGGAGCGUCGCGCUCGAUCCGGGGAGUUUGGUGUUGAGGAGCAGUAGUCUGGAUGACGACGAGGCGCUGGCCGACCCGGUUUUUGCGCCGGGGGCGCCGCCGGUGUGGGUGGAGGCGAGGGGGUGCGAGAUUGAGGGGUGGGGACUGUAUCGCGGGGUGAUGGGCGUGCCGCCGGUGAAGGAGAGGAGGAGGUGUGUGGGGAGCGUCAAGACGUAUCGGUUGGAGCCCGUCGGGGCGGCGAAGUUGAGGGUAUUGGAUUUGCCGGUCAUUGAGUUGGGGGAGUGA